CGUACUAAGUACUUCUUCUAUUUGCAGCCUGUGUAUUCACGGCUUCUACAAUCAGCAAAACAGUAGAAAAUUCAAAGCUUUUGAUUCUGUCAGAGAUUGAAAAUGAAUGUUGUAGAAAAUUUUUUACCAGGAACAAUGAACACCGCCUCUAAUUCCGCAAUUCCAGAUUGGUUACAAGCCGAAGCCAGUACUGGAACUUCAAUUAUGGCUUGCGAAUUUGAUGGGGGUGUUGUUAUUGGAGCAGAUUCUCGUGCUACAACUGGGGCAUACAUCAGUAACAGAACUGCUGACAAGCUUACAAAAAUUACAGACAAUAUUUACUGUUGUCGUUCAGGAUCUGCUGCUGAUACUCAAGCGAUUGCAGACAUUGUUGCUUAUCAUUUAGGUUUUCAUCAAAUGGAACUUGGAACCCAGCCGUUGGUUGAAACUGCGGCGAAUGUUUUUCGUGAAUUAUGUUACAACUAUCGUGAUUCCCUGGUAGCCGGUAUUUUAGUUGCUGGAUGGGAUUCAAAGAAAGGUGGUCAAGUAUACAGUGUUCCAAUUGGAGGUAUGUGUGUAAGACAACCAAUUUCAAUCGGUGGAUCAGGAUCUACGUAUGUUUAUGGAUAUGUCGAUGCACAUUACAAACCUGGCAUGACAAAAGAUGAAACUGUUGAAUUAAUAACAAAUACUUUGGCAUUGGCAAUGAGUCGAGAUGGAAGCAGUGGUGGUGUUAUACGUCUUGGAGUGAUAACAUCCAAAGGCAUUGAACGUAAAGUGAUUUUGAGCGAAGAUUUGCCUAAAUUUUAUGAAGGUUAAUUAUUUUAAGACUAUAAAAACUGAUUCAAUCUUGAUAAUUAUUACAAAUUUAUUACGGUUCGAUUGAAAUACUUGGAGAAUAAAAGAUGAAAAAAAAAAA